GCAUCUCUGGUACUUACGUGAUCACGAGCGCGGUUCCCGGGGAUGCGACCACAAAUUUAACAUCGUCUUCUUUACUGCACUGAAAUUCAAUCAAGACGCCGUGUGUCGGGGCCGACGAAACGAUUGUUGAGAAGCUAAAUUGUCAUGGCUGAGCAGCAGAGACAGCGUACUCUCUCCACCUCUGGAGAAUCACUGUACCAUGUGCUGGGUGUCGACAAAGUGGCCACUGCUGAUGACAUCAAGAAGUCUUACAGGAAACUGGCAUUGAAAUAUCACCCUGACAAGAAUCCUGACAACCCCGAGGCAUCAGAUAAGUUUAAAGAGAUAAACAACGCCCAUGCCAUUUUAAAUGACCCCACAAAGCGAAACAUCUAUGACAAGUAUGGGUCUCUGGGGCUUUACGUGGCUGAACAGUUUGGAGAGGAGAAUGUCAACACCUACUUUGUCCUGUCCAGCUGGUGGGCCAAGGCUCUGUUUAUUUUCUGUGGCCUGGCUACAGGCUGUUACUUCUGCUGUUGCCUGUGCUGUUGUUGUAACUGCUGCUGUGGAAAGUGCAAACCACGGCCACCUGAAGGACAAGAGCAGGAGUUCUAUGUCUCCCCUGAAGACCUAGAAGCCCAGCUGCAGUCCGAUGAGAGAGAGGCAGGUGGAGGUGAGCCCAUCGUGAUGCAGCCCUCAUCGGCCACAGAAACCACUCAGCUAACGUCCGACGGUUACCACACCACCUACCACACUGACACCGGCUUCAACUAAAAGCUCCGCCCCCUCAACCUCCACCCCGUGGCAUAUUUCUUGCCACUCUGCACCACCUCUCUGAGGGAAAAAAAAUUAAUGGAAAGAAUACUUCAGCUACAACAAAAAAGCCUGUUUUUGAGAGGAGGAAAGCCAGCGUUGGAGGAAUGAUAGCUGAAUUCUUUAGCAUAUCCUGUCCCUUAUUCACAUACCACUUCCUUCACCCACACAAGAGCGGCACACAUUUGCCUCAAUGUAGCUUAAAAAUUAGUCUGAGAAAAAAGAUAAAAAGAUCUGUCGUUUGCCCUCUUCUCUUUGUUGCCUUUGACCUCCAAUCUUGCCUUCCACUUGUUCCCUCAUUCCCCCAGCCAGAUUUGCUUGUCGUCCUGUGGCAUGCACUGUUCCUUGACUUCGUUAGAUGAAAUUUUCGCAAUUUCGGUUUUCUUGUAGGUAUAUUUAUGGAUAUGCAAUGUUUGUUCCCAUUUAUAAGUACUUCUGAGUGUGGUUUAAAUUUGACUCUGUGAACUUGCCAUUGAUGUUUAAAGACCAAUGAAGGUCCUUUGAGAAACAUGUGAUGGAAUUCUCAAUGUCCCUUUUUUCUGUAAAAUGAUCAAAAUUUUGAGGCAAUUAACAAAAGCAUACUAGUUCUACAGACUCGCUUGCUUUGUUCAUCCAUCAGUACUGUAUUUUUCUGUUCCUUUACUCAUUUUGUUUUCUGAAAGAGAGAGAUACAAGUGAUGCAAAUGACAACAUGCCAUUUACUCUUUAAGUAUUUUGUUGAUUAUCGAUGUUGGUGUUCCUGUGUUGUUUUAAGGACUGUUUGCAACGAGCUGAGCCAAAAUUAGGACUCUUCUUUAUAUUUGGAAUGGAUUUAAAAGUCAUCUUUGUGUGUGGCUGUGUAAUGUGAGGACUAUGCCAUAGUGUGCUGCGACUGUUUGGUGAUGUGCCAUAACAUGUUUGGGCACUCAGCUUUGGUCGUAGUGUUCAGCUCCAUUUGUGUCUCUCGUUGAAAGGGAGUCAUGAAUGCAAACUAACUUAAACUCCCACAGUGUCAUAUCUGAUGUCACAUCUUGUGUACGUAAGGUUGAAGCUAAUAAAGAUGAGACAUUUUUAUAUAGAUAUACAAUCUACACACAUCAUGUGUAUGUAAAAUAUAUAUGUAUAUUUUGUGCAUUCGAAAUAAGAUUGUGUCUGUGGUACCAUCCACUUGUUGUCACUUGAGACCCUUUUUGCCAACAUAUUCUGUCUAUUGUGAAAGAUAUUAAUAUUAUUUUUUUUAGUUUGAAGUAAUUCGUUCCUGGAUGGUAGGCAUUUUAUGCUGUAUAUUCCACUUAUUUAUUUAUUAAAGUGGCAAACAAUGAAGUAUUCAUGAUACUAUAAGCAUCUGCAUAAAUGCUUAAAUAUUUUAAUUCUUUCCUCUUCUUGAGGACAGAGCUUAAAAUGAUGCAAGUGCAAGACUUAUGUUUGUGAAUUUUUCUAGGCAUCAUCCAUCGCUUUAGAGAUACAUAGGUUCCUUUUUUUUAUUCAAUUUAAUUGAUUGAACACUUGCAGUCAUGGAUGUUUUACAUUUUACGUGCAGCUAAGGCUUGAUGCUAUAUUUUAUGAGGAGAUCAAAUCUAUUAGCACAAAUGUUUUAGGAUUUAUUUUGAUAGGUUCUCCUCUAAGCUGAUUCAGAGAUGUGGCAUUAUGAUUAAAAAAUAUUUAAUCACCAUUAAAAUAUUUUUGUCAUACUUUCUCUGUGUCAUAUAGCCUUUAAAAUAUGUGAUAGGAUCCUGAUCUCGCGUUUACGUUUUGUGCUGUCGGUGAAAUUGUGAGUUAGAAGGCCUAUGGCGACACCAUCACAAGCCUUGGUGCGGGUUUGAGUCAUUCUCAGUAUACAUUUGAAAGUGUUUUAAUGGCCUUCAUAAACUGAUUUUUUUUGAAUCAGCAAAAUUAUCUAAACAAAGAUGCCCAUUAAUGACAUAUUCUCUCAUCUUUUUUAUUUAUAUCUUCUAACAUCUCGUGCUAAUCUACGUACAUAGGCAGUUCCAAAUCACACUUGUUGUUGAUGUGUUCUCAUUUUCCUUCUCAGCUCAAACUGAAGCAUAAUACAAACAUCACCAGCCAUGUUUCUUCACAUUUAUGUUACUCUUUAAAUUGCCAAUGAUGCUUCUACAUUUAGUUAUCUAUUUCACUAUCUGUUCUCUUUCUCCUUUCUCUCUCCAGUUCCCUCAUUCCUCUGCUCUAGAUGGCUUUUAAUGGAUGUUAGCUACUGUGGUCCCUUUUUCCUGUGCAUUUAUCUGUAUCAGAACUACACUCAUAAAGAGUAUGGCUUCUUUGUUGAAAUGUUGGAUUUAUUUUUAAGUUGAAUGGAUGUUGCUUAGUGAAGAAAAAAUAUACUGGAGUGUGAAAUGGUCAGGAAAUUAUGUCUUCAGAAAGAAGAGAAAAUGUUUAGUGUAAUUAUAGUGAAAUGGUAAUUUUAUGCAUUAUUUUAUUUUAUUUAUAAAAUUACUUUGUCAUGUUUAUAAUGAAUCGUCCUUGUUUUAAAUGGUAUGUUACAUGAAUUUGACUCUGAAACUAUGCUACUCAUAGUUCUAUGGGAAGGUCUCUUGUACAUACACUGAACUAUUAAAAAGAAUAAUAAUAGACCUUUA